GGAAGAAUUGCGCGAAGUCGGAGUGCUCGGAGUACAGACCAAUUCGUUCGCCUUGUCUUUGAAAAAACGACCACCGCAAAAAAGUAAAGAUAAUACAAAUAAAGCGAAUAGCAGAAAACAGAAAGCAAAAAGUGAAAAAUAAGGAAAAAAAGACUCAGAGAACACGGAGUAAAGGCUACCACCCCCACAUAGGCGCCCAUUCACGAAUUCCGACCAGUGCAAUAUAAUCGUCCUCGUACAUUCACAUCCACACACACAUACAUAUGUAUACAGAAUCCACUUGCUACUGAGGUCCCCUCGGUAGCGUCGACUGUGAGAAUGGACAUGAGCAGAAGCAUCGGCAGUUGCUAUCAUAUCGCACUCGACGCUUGGCCGCUGACGAUGGCCAUAAAUAUGAAAAUUCAAAAUACACACAUAAAUGGCCAAAUCUGAGGGUGCACAAUAAAAGCGGCCAUAAAGAACAUCAAAUCAGCAGCAGACGCUACACAGCGAUAGCGUUGCCCAUACGUCGAGCACGAGGCGCCGACAACAGCAACAGCACCAACAACAACAACAACAACAACAACAGCACCAAUAACAGGGGCAGCAGCAACUGUGGCCGGUGGCAAUGGAAAAGCUGGCACAGCAUCUACAGCAUCUAAAGGAGCUGGGAGCCCGAGCCCCAGCCCCAGCCCGAGCCCCAGCAUCAUCACCAGCCCUCCCGCCACAGAUCGAGCAAGACCGCUCUGGACCUCCCCGUUGGCGGCACGUGCAGUUGGUCUGCUCCUGCCCGUGCUCCUGGAACCAUGUUUGGAGCAGGACAGCCCUGUUCCUGGCUGCUGUGUGCCUGCUGACGCGGCCCGUCAUGCCGGAAGUUAUUUAUCGAGUUGAUCCUUUGGCUCUCCUGGCCGCCACCUUGAGAACGUACCAGCGCGCAGGAUGCGACUCGGAGCAGCUGUCACUCAGUUGUCCACGCGGCACCAGCAUUUCUAUCGAACUGGCUCAGUACGGACGGGCGGGAGAUUUAACCGACCACAGCCUGUGUCCACCCGUUUCGCAAGAGGACCUCACCACGACCGGAAGUGCCGGCGAUGCUGUCAUCCACAGUGGAACAGAAAUCGAAGUCAAACCGCCGGAAGCGUGUACAGUAAGCGGAUUACAGUACGCCCUCCUGCAGACGGUGGUCGAUGCCUGCCAGAAAAAACGGCACUGCAAGUUUGCCGCGAAUUCCAAAACGCACUCUAGUGGAGAUCCCUGUUCGGGCAUACGGAAAUUCGUCGAGAUUGCCUACAAAUGCCGUCCAUACGAAUUCCGCAGCAAGGUGGCGUGCGAGAACGACAAUAUGCCGCUUGUGUGCAAUCCGUAUUCACGCAUUGCUAUAUACAGCGCCUCCUUCGGCCACACAGAACGCGAAAGCGUACAGUGCGGGGGCCAGAGCGCUGGGGCAAGUACUGGCACUGGCACCAGCGAAGACAACGGCAAGCCGACUUGCCUAGUAUCGUACGCCACGGAGACAGUGAUGCAGAUUUGCCAUGGGCGUAGACGCUGCUCGGUGACCGCAGAUGCUGGUACAUUUGGUCGUCCCUGCAAAGCUGAUGUGCGGAUGUACCUAAAGGUUGUCUACACCUGCAUUCCUCGCAAAGUGCUGAAGGAUCGUUACGAGACUGCGCCGGAGGGCGACGAGCCACAACAGUCUGAGCUAGACAUGGACCAAGAUGAACUUUAUGACGAAGACCAGUUCUACAAAGAGUCCGAAGCGAUUCCGCCGGCCCCCAAGCUCCAAGGCGCUAUUCCAAAUGUUGGCAUGCCGUUCGACUUCGGAAAUGGUGCGCUAGGUGUCGGUACUUCCAGCACACUCCUACCACCACUUCUUUCGCGGGACGAUAGUUUAUUGGAAGAAAGACUUGUAUCAUCUUUACGACUACUAGAUCGGAUAAAAUCAGCAUUAAGCCAAGACUUUGUUACUGAGAUAGCAGAAUCGGUAAACACGAAUUCUUCAAGUGAAGAAAUCGGUACAGUCGAUGUCCACACCGAAGGUUCUGAAUUGAGUUCAAAAUCAACACCUGAACCUAACGUCGCUGAUAGAAACAUUAUUUACCGCCGCAAUUGCGUUAAUGUCGAUGAUUGGGGCGUCAUUGGACUGAACUGUACCGAGGAGGACAUCGUAACCGAGCGGGUCGAGGUCAUUGGUUUCUUGGUAAAUUGGCUGAGCUCCUAUAUCCAUAUACGAAAGCAUCAGGAGCAAUUUUACCUCUACCUAAUCAUAUCGGUGGCGGCUGGAGUUCUCCUCUGCCUGACGCUUGUCAUCGGCCGGCUCACGCUGCAGAAACGACGGGGUGAGCGGAAGAACAGCAGCUCAAGUGGCAGCGGGGUCGCCAAAUCCUUUGCCGAUACGCAAGGUGGCAAUACAGGUGUCGGGAAUGGAGGUGCAAGCAAAUUUCAACAGACGACACCAGGAGAAGCCCAUCUUCCAGACUCCUUCGCAGAUGACAUAUCUGACAUCGACGCCGACAUCGACUUAACAGGUCCGAUGCCAUUGCCCAGCCUAUCGUCUCGGAACGAGACCUACAUGACAUACGCACCGACGCCCAAGUGCAGCUACGCUGGUUUACCCAGCGCACUAUCGCACCCUACCUCUGGAGCAACUACCGUUCUGAUGGCCCCGCACUCACAGGCCAACAGUUACACUACCAUGGGCCAUCCUGCAACCAACGGUCCUCUGACAAUGGGUCCCCACUUUCUUGGACCCUCCGGACUCAGCACGGUUUCCCCAGCGUACCUAAGCGGUGCUGUCAUGGUGGCUGGACAUCACCACACUCUACGACGCACUUUGAUACCCACCAGCAUGGGAAUAAUGAGCUCUCCCUCACCACCACCGACUUCUAUAAGUUCUGGUCAUCCUCUGCCGUUAACCGCCAUGCCCUCAACCUCGAAUAGCGGCUGCGGGGUCUACUAUGAUAGCACCGUACCAAGGAAUCUGACCCGGGGCGUGUCUACAGAGAGCAGCGCUCAGUAUUUCUAUGGGUGACACUCGCUCAACCGA